AUGUGUGUUUCAGCAUGUCGCAUUGACACAGACAGUCCUGCAUACCUUUGCAUAUCCCCAGUUCUAGAGCACACCAUUUACAAACAAACAAAACCCAAAGAAGAAACAGGGACCAACACCCCUUUUCCAAAGCCCGACAAACCCCGUACACACUCACACACGUAUGCAAACUCAAAUCCAAGGGGUCACAUGCACUGUGGCCUCUUCGGUGUGUCAUUCAAGUGCAGGAGACUGUUUGCUGCAAAGGAUUUUGCUUCCAUCGACAGAAAAAAACGGGACAACUUUUGUGGGUGUAGUAUUGUCUGUGACUCUCUCUCUUUCCCCCCAAAGUGAGCAACAACUCCCUUUCUCUCUCUUUCCCCCUCCACCCGCUUCUGUCGUUACCUCGGAGAGGAGAGGGUGCAAUUCUAGAAACAAGGUAAGGGAUCGAAUUUCAGGGUGUUUGUUGUGUUGGUCCCAGAGCGAUACAUUUAUGAUGACAGUGAUUGGAUGGAGGCUGGCAGAAUCAGAUAAAACCUGACUACUGCUGAACUAACACUGCUGUGACAUGAAGACAAGGCAGGGGGACAACAACAAAGUACAACAAUAAAGCUCUUACUGUGGUUUUGUUUUGCACCAGUUCAACUAAAAGGGAUGUUUCCAAGAAAGAAGAGGUAAAUAUGUUUGAUAGGAACGAUGUCAGAGAUCCAAUCUGGUUUUCAUACUUUUCAUCAUAUCUGAGGGGCUUCAUCAGUCUGAAUGUUUUGUAAAUAUUAUCAAUCUGACGUGGUAAUGAAAAAGCUAUAUGAUAACUCUAAAUGUACUGUAUGUAUUUAAACAGGCCUGUAAGAUUUAACCCUUGCCUUUCUAAGGUUCACUAUACUCCAAGUUUUGGCAAAAUUUGUUUGGUUUUGAAUAGAAGCUUCAUUCAUAUUGUUUUUAAUAACUUUAAUCUGGAUUUAAAUUGCAGAUCUUGGGGUAAAUGGUUUAAACUUGGCCUGACUCACAGAGUCUGUAUUUUUAAAAUGUGUUAUCCGUACUUUAAUCUCUGUUUUGUUCUCAUUUUAUCACAGUUGCUCUGCAGUGGCUCCAUUAUAUCAGCUCAAGAUGUAUAGCUUCAUGGGAGGGGGCCUGUUCUGUGCUAUCGUCGGUAACAUCCUGUUGGUAGUCUCCACUGCGACCGACUACUGGAUGCAGUACCGUCUGUCUGGAAACUACGCCCACCAGGGUCUGUGGAGGUACUGCAUGUCCAACAAGUGCUUCAUGCAGACUGAAAGCAUAGGUAGGAGAGAUUUGAUUGGAUGGAAAAGGCAACAAAUGCUGAAAACACAUGCAAAUUUGUGUUUGUGUUGCUUUGUGACUUUAACAUUGAUGUGACAGUUUGUAAAGCCUUAAAUCAUGUCUGUAUUUCUCAACAUUAGCUAGUACAAGACACAAUAGGUAGCUAUAAGAUAUCUGGUUAAUGCCACUUCUGCUAAAUAGAAUAGCAAGAUAAACAUAUGGAUACACUGAAACUUUGGUGAAAUGCUCUUACAGUCAUCCAGCUCUUACUCAUGUUUGCUCAGGUGGGUCCUGAACAUCGACUGUAUAUACUAUGGACAACUUGGCUCCGCCUUCCACCAUUGUACAAAUUUGAAGCUGAAUUGUUCUCGGUAUUUCUGGUAUUUUCUCCACUUCCUGGAACUACCACUUGCGCAGUAGUGUUGUAGACAUUCGGCAGGAAAGUUGCUGUGAUGACACUCUGCUCAAACAGCAUAUCCCCCUGGGUGAGAUAUCUUAGUACACCCAUAGGCUGUAUCAAGUGUCAAUCAUGAACCCCCUAAUAACUUUCAAAAAUGGAGCUGCACAGAAAAAAGAGGACAUCUGCACAAAUCAGUCUCACAAUAACUACAUGUCAACAUCGCAACCAGGGGGGAGAAAAUUUUCUAUUCUGUGUAACUAAUUUCUAAAGUUUGUCCACAGCUCCAUAGGGAUUGCUGGAGGAGGUGGGAUAUAUGACCUAUACUGCAGCCCAUCACCAGAGGGUGCUGUUCUUAGGGUGGUGUCACCCAGUGAGGAGGCAGACGGUGUAUAUUCUAUAUGCAGUCUAUAGUCCUGAACUGCUGUCGCUCCAAACUCUGCCCAAUAUCCUGACCCAGUCACAAGCUUCUACUUAGAAAGGGGGCGUGGUCUGUAAAAAUACAUGAGUGCCCUUUUAGCUACUGCCACUUGGAGGUCCAUUAAAUCCAAACAAGAAGAAUUUUACUAUCUGCACUUACUUUCUUGUUCAAAAUUAAGAUAAGAUAAGCUAAGAUAAGGUAAGUUAGGAAUAACUUUAUUGAUCGCCAAAGAGACAUUCAGUUCUAUGUUGUCUAAUGUCUCAUGUCAUUUAUGUCAUCUACUAUUUACAUUGAUUAGGACAUGUAUGUGUAUGAAUUGUUUGACAGGGCAACAUCUACAUAUAAUCUGCUAUUUAUGUUUAAACUGUUCUUUAUAAGUUUUAAGAGUGAGCUUUGGUUUGGCCGAAGAAUAUUUUUGUGAUUUCGAAAGAGGCCGCAGUGUUUUUAAAGCUCCUGUGAGGAACUUGUGGACAGCGCAGUCUUUGCUUACCUAGUUCGAGUGUCUUUGGACAAAAAAAGCUCCUCCUGCUGACUCUUGACAGUCAAACACAUCUUUUAGUGUGAAAGUUGUAGAAACAGGGCUGUUUCUUCAGCUGCUCACCUAACACACCAGUUUCAGUCAUCAAUAAUGACGAUACAACAAUUGUCCCUUUUAGCACCAGCUUGCCCUGUUUUGGAUAUCACUAAGUCUUACAUUUUUGUGGACAUUGUCUUGUUUUUAUGUUCUUUGUGGUGUUUUCAGAUAAAAACCUCAUCUAGUUGUCUGUACUAGUCAAAUGCUCACUCACCAAUAGUAUUUGCUACGGUAAAAGUAAAAUUCUGUUUCCUCAGUUGUCAAUGAGUUGUCUGGUCUGACAAGUACCUCCUCACAGCAGUUUCAGACAUCAGAACUGAAACAUACAUAUAGCAGAUGGUCUCAUUUGCUUAUGUAGGUCGUAAAGGGAUAUCACUUUCUCAACCUAAAACUCCCUGCAGGGUCUUUCACCAGAACUGUGACUUUGAUCCAAAAAGGAUUAUGUCAGUGUUCGUGCAGAGGUCUUAAAGUUUUUGAAGUGAGUUGAUGAGUCCUUCCUGUUUCCUCCCAGCAUACUGGAACGCCACCAGGGCCUUCAUGAUCCUCUCCGGGAUGUCGUGCUUUGCAGGCAUCAUCGCUGGCAUCAUGUCCUUCUCGCACUUCUCCUCCUUUGAAAGGUUCAACCGCUCCUUUGCUGCAGGAAUCAUGUUCUUCGUCUCCAGUGAGUCUCAUUUCCUCUAAAGUGACGCACAAUUUACACUUUGCUCAAUCAUAACUGAUCUGCACUUCCUCUUCACCCCUUUCAGCUUUCUUUGUUCUGCUGGGUAUGGCCAUUUACACUGGAGUGACUGUCAACUUCCUGGGGAGACGGUUCGGUGACUGGCGCUUCUCCUGGUCUUACAUACUGGGCUGGGUGGCCAUGCUUAUGACCUUUUUUGCAGGUGAGAAGAACACCUGGAGUAAAUGUUCAACUUGGGAGGUCAGAUUUGAAAAGAUUCUGGUCAUUUAGCUGCUUCUUCAUCUCUCCAGCUGGUAUAUUGACAGCUAAAGCCCAGACAUAAUAAUUUAAACAGGCCAUAGAGGUCAGAAUAUAUGGAAACACAACUGCACAGAAACAAGUGAAAGAGGACUGUUACCACACCCACUCUGUAACCGUAAACCUUGUCUCUUCAUUGUCUGUUUCAGGUAUUUUCUAUAUAUGUGCCUACAGAAUGUGUGAAUGCAGGAGAGGAACCAGCUCACGCUAA